CAACGCUUAGAUGGACAAGGCUACACGCAAGCGUGUACUCUAACUCGCUGCUUCAAUGGAGGAACAUGUUUAUCAUUAAAAGCUAUAAAUGAUGACAUUGUAUCAGUAACAGACUAUUGCAAAUGCCCAGUGGGCUUCGCAGGAAAAUAUUGUGAAAACUUUAUCCUCGCAAACAGAUAUCAAAGACUACGUCAUAACAGGAAUCAGAGAUUGAAGAGACAGAUCGAAAUACCCGCUGGGAAUCCGUGUGAAAGUUUCCCAUGUCAGAAUGAAGGAACUUGUCGCUGGGAAUUUGAAAUUAUCGGGGGACAAUACAACUUUAAAGAUGAGUACACUUGUAUCUGUCACCCCGGUUACUCAGGAACACACUGUGAACUAGAUUCCAAUGUAAGUGACCCCUGUGAUAGCUCACCCUGUACUAAUGGCGGUACAUGUGCGUCUUCAAGUGGCGGCACGUCCUUCUCAUGUUCAUGCCCAACUUCACACACAGGAGACCUCUGCGAAUUAGAGAGUCCAUGUCAUCCAAAUCCCUGUGAGAACAGUGGUGCAUGUACAGUGGAUUGGAUUGUUAGACAGAAGAGAGACGUAGAAGAGAUACCCCGGGGUCCGGAUGAUGUAUACAACUUUACCUGCCAGUGCACUGACGGCUAUAGUGGCGCCAAAUGUGAUAUCACUGACGAUCCAUGUACAUCGAACCCUUGUCAGAAUGGUGCCACGUGUGUGGUGGAGGCGGGUAAGAGGAAGAAACGAGGCGUACAAGAGAUGCAGAGACGUUCUGGGGAUUUCGACGACUGGGACUGGGAUUGGGCAGAUAUUUAUGUUUGCGAAUGCGAACAAGGUUUCCAUGGUGUAAAUUGUGAAGAGGGUGCAGCAAUUAUUAAUUGUCCCAAUC